AGCUGGGCUGUCAGCUGAAGAGAGAGUAUGUAUAUAAAGCAGGUUAUUAUCCAAGGAUUUAGAAGCUUUAAAGAUCAAACAGAAGUAGAACCAUUCAGUCCAAAGCAUAAUGUAAUUGUUGGCAGAAAUGGAUCAGGGAAAAGUAACUUCUUUUUUGCAAUACAGUUUGUAUUAAGUGACGAUUUCACUCAUUUAAAACCUGAUGACAGACAACAGCUGCUACACGAGGGUACUGGUCCACGCACUGUCACAGCUUACGUUGAAAUUAUAUUUGAUAACAGCGACCACCGAAUACAAAUUGAGAGCGAAGAAGUGACACUGCGUCGUGUGAUUGGAAUGAAAAAGGACAAUUAUUACUUGGAUGGGAAGCAUGUCACUAAAAAUGAUGUCAUGUGCCUAUUGGAAGGAGCUGGUUUUUCACGCAGUAACCCGUAUUAUAUUGUUAAACAAGGAAAAAUUACUCAGUUAGCGACUGCUCCUGAUUCACACAGGUUGAAGUUAUUGAGAGAAGUUGCUGGUACUAGAGUUUAUGAUGAGAAGAAAGAAGAGAGUCUGAACAUUCUAAAAGAAACAGGUACUGUUGC